GCGUGAUCAUGAUGACACCUAGCUAUAGGCCUGAGGCUAACCGCGAGCGAUGAUGUCAACAGUCGGUGCUGUGAUCAACACAUCACUGUUUCUACAGAAGCAAGACCGACCGAUCAAAAGACGAUUGUGUCGGUUUUGUGGGGUUUUAAAGCUUAUGACUUGAGAAAAUGUUUUAAUAGCCGGUGAUUACGGACGGUUGACGAAUGUUGCAUAAUUUGAACCUUGUCAACAACUGUACUUGGAUCAGACCUAUCCAAACGCGAUGGGUUUGCUGUAUCCCCAGAAGAGGCUCUUUCUGCUGUUCGUUGUCUUGAGCGUUGUUGUGACUGUGGUACUCCUGUUCAUGUUCAGCUACAUCGAGCCCACUGAUCAUGAUGCGACAGUACCAGUCGCGGAGAACACUGGACAUUCUAGGAGAAAAAGGAUAGCCGUCUCUUUCUGGGGUCGAACAGGAAACCACAUCUUUGAGUAUGCAGCUUUAAUUGGAACGGCAGAUCGCAAUAACAUGACACCAGUCAUAGUAGAAAACACUGAUCUAGUCGACUUAUUUGAUUUUCAAAUUCCAAAGUUAACCGUUCAAAACCCUACAAGGGAGUUUGAAGUUGUGAAUGAAAGACUAGCAGGUGCUUACAAUCCAGAGGUCGAAAAAUUAAAGGAUUUGAAUAAGGAUGUAUACCUCAAAGGUUAUCUCCAAUCUUGGAAAUAUUUUCAUCCUUUUGAAAAAAAGUUGAAACAAAAAUAUUUUAAAUUUAAAGACAAUUUACUGAGAGAGGCAGAUGAAUUUUUAAAUCAAGCAAGAACACAUUUACGAAAAUCCAAGAACUCUUUAUACAUAGGUGUGCAUAUACGACGAGGAGAUUUUGUACGGGCAAAGAGUCGAGGCUAUGGUGCAGUUCCAGUGCCCUAUUUUUACAGGGCUAUGAAUUAUUAUCUGAAAAAGUACAAAGAUGUCAUUUUUGUGGUGUGCAGCAAUGGAUUGACCUGGUGUAAGGACAACUUGGACUCAGACUUUUACCCAAUCCAGUAUUCCACCCUAGGAGACAGUGGUGCUGAUCUUGCCUUACUUUCACGUUGCAACCAUUCAAUUAUUUCUGUGGGGUCGUUUUCCUGGUGGUCAGGUUAUUUGGCUGGUGGAGAAGUCGUUUAUCCGGUCGAUGCCUUCCCUGUCCCUAACACCAGCAUAGGGGACAGUUAUGUAAGAGCCGACUAUUUCCUUCCGGGGUGGACACGGUUAUGAUGUGACCAGUG